CGCCAACCAACUCAAAAACCCAUUUUCUCAGGUUUCCCAAAGAGCGGAGAGAAGCUUCUGGUUCCGUCAAAUGCAAAAACCCAAAGUUUUAAAACCGUUCAACAGAACCGAAAUCAAAGUCCUAUUGCUGGAGGAUGUAAAUCAGACGGCCAUCGAUGCUUUUCAAGAACAGGGAUAUCAAGUCGAAACCUUUACAAAGACGUUUGUAGGCCAGGAACUCAUUGACAAGGUCCGAGACGUCCAAAUUCUCGGUAUCCGGUCCAAGACCAAAGUGACAGAGGAAGUACUGAAUGAAGCUAAGGAUCUACUAGCUAUUGGCUGCUUUUGUAUCGCCACCGAACAGGUUGACUUGAAAGCAGCUGCCACUAGAGGUAUUGCAGUAUAUAAUUCACCGUUCAAAAACUCGCAUUCCGUGGCCGAGCUUGUCAUUGGUGAAGUUAUCUCACUGGCACGCCAGCUAGGCGAUCGUAACCGAGAAAUGCACAAGGGCAUCUGGAACAAGGUUUCAAAAGGCUGUUUUGAAAUCCGAGGCAAGAUUCUCGGCAUCGUCGGCUAUGGCCAUGUGGGCUCGCAGCUCUCUGUGCUUGCUGAAGCGUUGGGGAUGCGGGUCUAUUUCUACGACUUGCUGCAACUGAUGCCGCUAGGCUCGGCGCGGCAGCUGGAUACGCUGGAGGAACUAUUGGCGGUGUCGGACUUUGUCACGCUACAUGUACCUGAACAAGAUGACACCAAAGGAAUGAUCGGCGUACGUGAAAUAUCACUUAUGAAGCCGGGCUCGUUCGUGAUUAAUAAUGGCCGUGGAUCAACAAUUCAAUUACAAGCGCUGGUGGAUGGAUUACGAUCCGGUCAUUUGGCUGGCGCCGCCCUCGAUGUAUACCCCAAACAGCCGACGUCUAACGGACCCCAUUUUACUGACUAUCCCGACCUACUUGAUUGUCCAAAUGUCAUCCUGACUCCACAUGUUGCUGGAGCUACAGAGGAAGCACAGGAAAAUAUUGGUCUGGAGGUAUCGUCUUCGCUUAUACAGUUCGUUAAUGAUGGCAUAUCUUUGGGUGCAGUCAACUUUCCUCAGGUUGGGCUACGCGCGAUCCGUGAAGAUGAUGCACAUACUGCACGUGUGCUGCAUGUUCAUCAAAAUAUACCAGGCGUCCUUCGGGAGCUUAAUAAGAUUUUUACGGGCCUCAAUGUCGAAAGACAAUAUUCUAAUUCUAAGGGCGCUGUUGCCUAUGUGAUGGCUGAUGUUGCCAAUGUUUCGGCUGUGGAACUCCAAGCACUCUAUGAUGCAAUUAGCGCUACAAGUGCGAAUAUUAGAACGCGAAUCAUGCAUUAGCAACUGUAUUAUGUUUUUUUACAACCCACAAUACCUGGUGUGUAAUUCUAACAGGGAUAAUGUAUCUUGUUUUGUAAUGUUAAAAAUGAGCACAACGCUUCUACCUCGGUUUUCUCGAGGAUAAAGCUUUUGCUGUCAAUGUCAUAUUGUAGAUCGUCUUAAUUGGUUGUUUUUACUGUCCUUUAAUCCAUUUGACAACAGCGUCGCGCGGUGAUGGCGGGCAUAAAAUUUUAAUGACUGAUCAAGCGAUGUAAGUAGCAGUAUGGAAUGUGGAAGCUUCAAGAAUGCACGGUGAUGUACUGCUGCUAGGAAUAAAGCCAAAGUCGCA